CGGUUCUGGGUCCGGCCCAGCUUGGGGCCGGCCGGAUCCGGGUCAGGUCCCUCGCAGGAGGGUUAUCUUCAGCUCCUCCGCUCUCCCCGUUAAUGUUUGAUGCCUCCGGCGGGCACUGGAGCCCCAGCCCGGGGGGACCCAGCGCAGCCCAGCCCAGCAAGGAGGAGCUCACCAGGGAGGGUGCCCAGAACCCAGCCUGGGGACCCUGUGGUGACCUUGACCCGCUGCCACCGUCCUGGGGGGCACGGGGUGCAGUGGGGGCUUCAGAGGCUGCCUGGAGCUGCUUCAUCCAGAGCAGGGAGAGGCCCCAGCACCCCCAAACCCCCAAAGUUUCCUUUGGAUCUCAGGGCAAACGGGACUCCCCAGGAGGAGCAGCCAGGUAGGGCUGGACCCCGACCCCCCCCCAGUUUUGGGGGGCUGGGACCCCACAGGGUCUCUCCAUCACCCCUCACUCCAUCCAGCCCCGCUCCAGCACCCCGAGGAAGGAUCUGCGUGUCCCCACCCCACUCAGGGGUCCCCAAUUUUGUCCCCUCGGGGCUGGCACGACCCCCACCCCCAAUGCCCGGGGUCUGUGACCCCUCCCCACUGCCCGGAGCAGCUCCCGCCGCUGAGGAGGGCACCCGCGGGGGGCUCAGCACCCCGAGAGGGCUCUGCCAGGACCCCCCCAAAGCGGAGACCUCCGGAGGGGCGGCUGGGCCCCCCCGGGAAUCCUCUCCGGUGGGGAGGGGGGGGCUCCGGGGGAUUCCCCCCAAACCGGGCACCGUCCGAUUGCCGGGACACCCCCACGGGAGGGUCCCUCCCGCGGAGAGGCAUCACCGGGCACCCCGAAAGGAGCGUCGGGGACCGCGGGGGACCCCGAGCACCCCCGAAAGCUGCGGCGGGGCGGGGGCGGCUCUGCGGCCGCACGGACGUGCCCGGGGCUGGCUCCGUGCCGGUGCCCCGGGCUCUGCGGUUCCUCGGUGCCCCCCGCUCGUGUGUGUGCGUGUCCCCCCCGGGCCCCCUGUCCCCGCCACCUCCUACCUGCCCGGAGACGGCCGCUGUCGCCGCCGCCACCGCAGCCCGGGAGCGCCCGCCGGGAGCGCCCGCCGCAGCGCCGGGAGGCGGGGGGGCACCGGCACCGGGGGCACCGGGAUUUCGGUGGGAAUUUCCUGCGUUGCCAUGGCAGCCGUGAAGCCCCCGAGGAUCCUCUGCGGCAGAGCUGGUUGCAGUGCCCGCGGUGCCGCCCUGCAGCACGUCGCCCUCACCUCGCCCUGCCAGCCAAGGAACGCAGGGGUUAAACGCCACCACCAGUGCCACCAGUGCCACCACUGUCCCCAGGGCAGCGGCCACGCGCGGGCCCCGGGCUCCCUCUCGUGGCUUCUCGCCCCUUCCCAUGGGGUGACCGAGGGACCCUCGGGGACGCGGCGGGGCAGCAGCGGCCGGGACAGCGGGGCCGGGGGUCUCCGAGCCGGGGGGCUCCGAGCGGGGACACCCCGGUCCCCUCCUGGCCAAGCCCGGCUGUCCCCAGCCCCCUGCGGCAGAACCCGCGGGACGCAGCGGGGCCGGGCGCGGGUCCUGUCCCGGGGGUGCCGGGGGGAUGUUGGGGGGUCCCGGCUGUGCCCCCCGUCCUCUCCCGGCGCUCCGCGGGGCCGGAGCGGGCGCGGUGUCGGCAGAUGGCAGCAGCGGCUUUCGGCAGCGCCGGGAUGCGGGGGCUCCUCGCAAUCCCCGCACCUCCUGCACCCCCUGAACCCCCCGAACCCCCUGUAUCCCUCACCUCCUGCACCCCCUGAACCCCCGAACCCCUUGAACCCCCUGAACCCCCUGUAUCCCUCACCUCCUGCACCCCCUGAACCCCCGAACCCCUUGAACCCCCUGAACCCCCUGUAUCCCUCACCUCCUGCACCCCCUGAACCCCCGAACCCCUUGAACCCCCUGUAUCCCUCACCUCCUGCACCCCCUGAACCCCCUGAAUCCCGGACCUCCUGCACCCCCCGAACCCCCUGUACCUCCUGCACCCCCUGA